AACUUCCGUCUGCCGCGGGGAAAGACUUUGCACAAGACAGCCACUCAGGAUAGUACCUCCCCACUUAGAGCUGCUCUACCCUGAUUUGGCUCCCUGUGAUGUCCUGCCUGGCUGCAGGAAGAAUUAUGAGCAAGGACAGCAACUGCAGACAACUAACUUUCAGAAGUCACAAGUUUUUAUAAAGAACAGGUCUAUAAAGGAUCCAAGCCAGAACAAUGGCUUUAUCUCUGGAAGAAUUUGUCCGCUCCCUUGAUCUCAGGACCCUCCCCAGGGUCCUAGAAGUCCAGUCAGGCAUCUACUUUGAAGGAUCUAUUUAUGAAAUGUUUGGAAAUGAAUGCUGCUUGUCAACAGGAGAAGUGAUUAAAAUCACAGGUCUCAAAAUUAAGAAGAUCAUAGCUGAAAUUUGUGAGACUAUUAAAGGUUGUGAGUCUCUGCAACCCUUUGAACUGCCCAUGAAUUUUCCAGGUCUAUUUAAGAUCAUGGCUGAUAAAACUCCAUACCUUACCAUGGAAGAAAUCACAAGAACUAUUCAUAUUGGACCCAGUAGACUAGGACAUCCUCGCUUUUAUAACACAAAGGAUAUAAAACUAGAGAAUAUCACCGUAAUGCAAGGCGAGCCAAUCAGACUUAACUCCGUUGAAGAGAUAGAUGGAAAAAUAAUGGUGAAUUGUGGAGUGGUAAGGAAUCAUCAGAGUCACUCAUUUACUUUGCCAUUGUCACAAAAGGGAGAGUUCUAUGAGUGUGAAGAUGAACGAAUUUAUACCCUCAAAGAAAUUGUCGAAUGGAAGAUUCCCAAGAACAGAACACGGACUGUGAAACUUACAGAUUUCUCAGAUAAGUGGGACUCCACAAAUCCAUUCCCUAAAGACUUUUAUGGUACUUUGAUUCUCAAACCUGUUUAUGAAAUCCAAGGUGUGAUGAAAUUUCAAAAGGACAUAGUCCGCAUUCUCCCCAGUUUAGAUGUUGAAGUCAAAGAUAUCACUGACUCUCACGAUGCUAACUGGUUUCUUCAGCUGUUAUCUACGGAAGAUCUCCUUGAAAUGACCAGUAAAGAGUUUCCCAUAGUGGCUGAAGUCAUAGAAGUACCUCAAGGGAACCAACUGCCCAGAAAUAUUUUACAGCCUGGAAAAAACAUUGUGAUCCACAAAAAGUACCAGGCUUCAAGGAUUUUAGCUUCAGAAAUGCGAAGCAAUUUCCCUAAAAGACACUUCUUGAUCCCUACUAGCUACAAAGGCAAGUUCAAACGGAGACCACGUGAGUUCCCAACUGCAUAUGACCUGCAGAUCGUUAAGAGUGAGAAGGAACCCCUUCAUGUGGUGGCCACCAAAGCCUUUCAUCCACUUCAGCAGGAGCUGUCCUCUGUGUCUGUCGGGGACCAGUUUCUAGUGCAUCACUCAGAGGCCACUGAAGUCCUCUGUGAAGGAGUGAAGAAAGUGGUGAACGUUCUGGCCUGUGAAAAAAUCCUCAAAACGUCCUAUGAGGCAGCACGGCUGCCUCUGUACAUGGAAGGAGGUUUUGUAGAGGUGAUUCAUGAUAAGAAACAGUACCAGAUUUCUGAGCUCUGUACACAGUUCCGCUGGCCCUUCAAUGUGAAGGUGUCUGUGAGAGAUCUUUCCAUUGCUGAUGAUGUUUUGGCAGCUACCCCAGGACUACAGUUGGAGGAGGAUAUCACAGACUCUUACCUACUCAUCAGUGACUUUGCCAACCCCAGGGAAUGUUGGGAAAUUCCCGUAGGCCGCUUGAAUAUGACAGUUCAGUUAGUUAGUAGUAGUUUGUCUAGGGAUACCGAGCCAUUUCAAGUUAGGACUCUGGUAGAGGAGAUUACAGAAGAACAAUAUUAUAUGAUGAGAAGAUAUGAAAGUUCUCUGUCACACCCCCCACCUCGUCCUCCCAAGCAUCCCUCAGCGGAGCAAACAAAGUUAACCCUGCUCACGUUAGCAGAAGAAAGAACCGUGAAUCUGCCCAAGUCUCCUAAGAGUCACCAUGUAAACAUAUCCAAGAAAUUUCACCCAAAUCAAGCUGGCCUGGAUUCAAGAUUACCAGUUGGUUUUCAGAAUGACUUGGCUGAUGUGGAGACACAGAAGAACAAGCGUAGGCCACUGCAAUAACAGGCACCAAUGUGACUAUGGGUCAGAAAUCUUCAAAAGUGAAAAACAUCAAAAAUAACAACAUGUGACAGAAGCGACAUGGACAGUGAACUUAAAUGUUGCAAUGGAAAAGGAAGCUUGGCCUUCUAGCUGAAAACUUCUCUUCCCCAAUGGACUCUAGCUGAAUCUUGACUGGCCACUGCAAAGACAAAAACAAGCUUAAAAA